AGUGUAAAACCAUCAUGGAAUCCUACAGUAUGUAUUUUGUUGGUGUUGGUCAUAUACAUAUGGAACUUGACCAAGGUGCCGUCGUGCGGUAGGCUGAGUGAUAACGAAUUCGUAAUUUUAUUGUGAGGUUAUUCGUUCAUACCAUUGUAAAUUAUGCAAAGGACCAGGAUGUAUGAUAGGAUGAGAAACUUGACAUAAGUUUAUACGAAUAAUUUAGUUGUCAGUUUAACACAUGUGAAAUAAUGGUACCUUGUGCCUUAAAUAUAUAUCUCUUUAUUGUGUUUGCUGCUGCCGCGUCAGCAUUUCCAGAUCCAGGAAAAUGGACUUUCUCAAUAAAUUCGCCACAAGAAAACAUCAGUGUGUUUCAAAUCAGUCUCUUCAGAGGUUCCAACAUUUUUGUCCAAAUGUCAUGUCAUUCUCCUAGUCCUGCAAACCUGUCGAUUAAGUAUGAACUUCAUCGCCUUCAGUGUUGGAAUGAGAUGUCAGUGGAGUUUACCAGCAAUGCAACAUUUACACCUUAUGAAUGCACUGAUCACAUGAUUCUGGCGAACCACAACGGCGGGCCGCCAGCGUCCAGCGGAGCGAAACCCGAAGCGCAGGACAAAGAUAAGUCGAAACCUGGAAGUCCUAAGGAGGUGGCAAGGUCAGCUGCGCAUCCCAUUAACACUGAGAGUAAAACGCGUAUCCCGCUCUACACGGUCCCCGCGGACGGAGUGUACGCUCUGCUGGUGCAGGUGGUUUCUGCUUCCAACUACACAGGCACCAUGCAGAUCGAGAUGAAAGGAAGUCACGGCUAUUUGUCUGCAGCUGACUGGCCGCUUCUUCCGUUCUACGGAGCCAUGUGCCUGGUGUACGUAGCGUUCGGCGUGGCCUGGCUGAUCGUGUCGUUCUGCCAGUGGCGAGACCUUCUGCGCAUCCAGUUCUGGAUCGGAGGCGUGAUCUUCCUGGGCAUGCUGGAGAAGGCCAUCUUCUACGCGGAGUACCAGAGCACCAACGCUGGCGGGAACGUGCAAGGCGUGGUGCUCCUGGCGGAGCUGGUCUCCUGCGGCAAGCGCACUCUCGCGAGGAUGCUCGUCAUCAUCGUCAGCCUGGGCUUCGGCAUCGUCAAGCCCCGGCUGGGACCCACGCUGCACCGCGUGGUGGGCACGGGCGUGCUGUACCUGGUGCUGGCCGUGGUGGAGGGCUACCUGCGCAUCGCGCGCCACAAGGGCGACGUGGCCAACCAGGUGCUCAUGGCCAGCAUCCCGCUGGCCGUGCUGGACUCGGCCGUCUGCUGGUGGAUCUUCACCAGCCUCGUGCAGACCAUGAGGACGCUGCGUCUGCGCAGGAACGUGGUAAAGUUGUCACUCUACCGCCACUUCACCAACACGCUUAUAUUUGCUGUCGUUGCAUCUGUCAUCUUCAUGCUGUACUCCAUCAAAUACCAUAAAAUGGCCAUCUGUUUAAAAGACUGGAAGGAGCUGUGGGUGGACGAGGCCUACUGGCAUCUUCUGUUCUCCGUCAUGCUGUUGGUGAUCAUGGUGCUGUGGCGACCCACCAACAACAACCAGAGGUAUGCCUUCACGCCUCUAUUGGAUGCAGAAGACGAUGAGGAAGAUGAAGAAGAACAUUUUGUUAACGAUGCCUUUGGAGUGAAGAUGAGAGGCCAGCGAAGCAACUCACCAAAGCCAAAGUCAACAAGCACUGAGGAUGAUGACUUAAAGUGGGUUGAAGAAAAUAUUCCAUCAUCUAUGGGAGAUGCCACUUUACCAAUCUUGGAUUCUGAUGAGGAGAUCAUGACGACCAAGUUUGAAGUGUCCAAAAUGCAAUGAAGAGGCCGUGCUGCAGUGAUGCGAGAAGCGAGCCCAGUGAUGAUGCCCUCCGCACCCACCGGACUGACUCGGAACACACACUGACAUUCAACAAGGCUGUGGUAGAAGAGUUUUUCUAGUUCAGUCUAUGGGCCGUGUGUAAAUGUGUCUAUAAAAUCCUUACCUUCCUUAGUGUUUAUUUUUUUUUUUUAGUUAUUGUUUAGUGAACAAUACGCUUUAGUGGAUGAUAUAAAUUUGUGCACAGAAAAAAAAAACUUUAAUUUGGGAUUUUUCAUAUAUUUUAACACAAAUUACAAUUUAAUUUUUGUAUUUAGUGUUUCUGAAAAAAAUGUGUUUUUAUCAUCACAGUAUAUAAUACAGGUAUAAUACAAACUUUGCAUCAAAAUUCUUUGCCACAUCAGGAAGUGAACCAUUCGUCGCUUACAAUAGCUACAAUAGCUGUGUUCAACACAACAGCAGCACAAACAGAAAGUCCCUGACUUUUCCUGACUUAACCUGGACUUCAUAAAUUUUCAUGACAAUAACAUGUCAUAAUUCAAUAGAAAAUUAAGAAAUAACCAAUAUUUUUUUUUUCUCUUCAUUCCUAACUUUGCUGUAAUCACAUCUAAUGGAUUCUUCUAUGUUGUGACAUAAAUGAUGCACAUUUACAAAAGUCUUGAAGCCAUGUUUCUUACAUCACACCUUUUUUUCCCUCUUAAUGUGUAAAUCCUUUUCUAGCACAUAGAGAGAGUUUUGAGAUUGUUUUAAGGUUCAUUCAGGAAUAUGAAAAUUGUCUUGUUUAAGUUGCUACACGGAAGUUCCUCUCAUGAUUAUUUAAGGUAGUAUAGAAAUUAUCCAAAUUGGGUGCUGCAAGCACACUAGAACAUUUGUAAGCGGCCAGUGAGUAACUAACAUUGGCAAGGACCAAACACUUUGUAAGCUGCCAUGCUGAUUGUGCCUUCUCCCAGUCACGUCGCUGGCUAAAUUACAAAACAAAACUGUGAGCCGAGCGACUUGGCAGUGUUCAGAAACGUUCAUCUGUCAAGUGGUGCUAACAGAAAUAUGUGGUUGUAAUUUAUGUGUAGUUUUCAUUUUACAAUGUACUUAAAACUGAUCAGAACUUUGUAUCCACUUUUUUUUUAAAGUAAACUCUAAAGAAUCUCGAGACAUGAAAAACUUUUUCCCCUGUUUGCUGCCUCUUACCAGGCAAUUAAAUGUGUAAGUCAGUCAUAAUUGGUUGUGAGCAGAAAUAAUUUUAUUUCUUGGUUGAUUAAAAAGAGAAUUUAAGUACUGGUAAUCAUUACCCACGUAUGGUGUCAACAAAAACCAUAAUGUGGCUGCUGUCAGUCAUCCUGCAGUAUCAUUAGUUUUUCUGUUUGUUUUCUUAUGUGAUGAUCACUGAGGAUUUCAAAAUACAAACAACAUAAUAAGUACAAGAGUGUGUCGGGUGUUUGGGGGAGACCUCCUAAGCUUCUAUUGCCAGAUUUGUUUUAUUGAUAAUGCACUUCAUUAACCAGCUUAAAACAACAUUUAUUAUUCAUUUAAUAGCUACUACUCGUACAAAUUUAAACACAUUUUAGGACUUAAUGAGAAGCAGUUCUAAGUGUAAAUUUUUAUAUAAGCAUUUUUAAAGAAAAAAAACUGUUAAAAAUGUUUUCAAGCAUUAUCUUCUAAAGCAAGUUUUGAACCCCACACUCACCCCAUUGCUUGCCUCGGGGAAAAUACCCCGGCCCCCCCAGACCCUCCAGAAAAAGGCCUAUUUAAAAUAUAUUUUAAUAGCUCCUUCGCUCCCCCAAACCGCUCUAUGAAGCAUGGCUGUGCUUCUAUGUAAUUUAAAAGCACAACCUCUGCUUAAGUAUCUGUUAUCAUGAGAUGGGUGGAGGAGGGUCUACCUAUUUAGCACUAAUGCCGAGACUUUCGACACAUGAUCACAAUAUAUGUUAAUGUUAGAGAUAGAAUAGACGAGCGCCUAGACAUCAAACCGAUUCAUGUACCCUCAACUCCCAGCUUCUAAUGCUUGACUUUACCUGCCAUGUCGAACUGUAUGUUUUUAGUAAUUCUAAAUUUUUUAUGAAUAAAUAUUAUUUAAAAAUUGA